AUGUCCUCCUCGGGCAAACGCAUCGUCUUCACAGGCGGCUCAGGAAAAGCCGGGCGCCAUGUGAUCCCCUAUCUCCUCCAGCAAGGCUACUCAGUCCUCAAUCUCGACCUAAUUGACUUUCCCGACCCGGAAGCCGGGGUCUUCACUCUGAAAACCGACCUCACAGACAGCGGUCAAGUCUUCAAUGCCCUAACCACACACUUCAACUUCGCUGGCUACGAAGCACCACAUAUCCCAGGCCCGCCCGACGCCGUCAUCCACUUCGCCGCCUACGCUCGCAACAUGCUCGUGCCCGACAACGAGUGCUACGCCGGCAACGUGCGCUCAACCUACAACGUCAUCGAGGCAGCCUGUAAACUCGGCGUCCGCAAGAUCAUCAUUGCCAGCAGCGAAACAACGUACGAAGUCUGUUUCGGCCAGGGCAACCUCGACUACACCGCUUUCCCCCUGGUGGAGGAUGCAGACGUAAACCCAAUGGAUACCUACGCUAUCUCCAAGCUCUGCGGCGAACGCGUAGCCCGAGGUUUCGCCCGCCGUUUCGACGCGGACAUCUACGCCCUGCGCAUCGGCAACGUCAUCGAGCCCCACGAGUACGCCCGCGACUUUCCAAAAUACAUCCAGCAUCCGGAGACACGCAAGCGAAACGCCUGGGCCUACAUCGACGCUCGCGAUCUCGGCCAGAUUUGCCAUUUGUGCGUGCAGAAAGAUGGCCUGGGGUUCCAGAUUUUCAAUGCGACAAAUGAUACUAUCACUGCUACUUUCCCCACGAAACAAUUCCUCGAGCAGUAUGCGCCUAAUACCCCUGUUACGCGUGAGAUGGGCGAGUGGGAGGCCCCGUUAAGUAAUCGAAAGAUUAAGGAGGUGUUGGGGUUCAAGGAGGAACAUGACUGGCGCAAGUAUUAUAACCCUGAUCAUUAA